CAGUUUCUCAAGUGGCUCCCUCUAAGAUAAAGGUAUGCUUUUUUAAUGGUUGAAUUAUGUUGACCAUGAAUACUGAAUUUAUCAACGUUGCCAUGGUAGUUGCUUACAAUAAUAAACCUAAUAUCCGGAUUUGUCUUAAAACAGAAGUGAUUCAAGAGGAUACCAUGGAAAAGCAUGGUAUUAUUAAGCACGGCAAGGAGAAAGUAAAAACUACCAAUGAGAUCGAACCGGUUCAUGGAUUAACAUAUUGUCGUAGAAAAGCUAAUAAAAUGCGUCAUUCUAAUAAAGGGAAAUUUAAAUUGGAUGAUAUGUCUUUUAAUGAUAAGAGCGAUGAUAAAAUAAGUUCUCCAAAAAGUAAGAGUAGACGUCAUCUUCGUAAAGAGAUUGAAAGACUGAUGGAAGAGAAUCAUAUGUUAAUGAUGAAAUUAGAAGAUUUCAAUGCGAUUACAGAUGAUAGGGAGGAACAAAAGGAUAAAGAUAAAUUAAUAUUUAAAAUACGCGAUAAGUAUCAUAAAUUAGCGCAGGAAUAUGAGCGUGUACAACAGGAGUGCGAAGAAUUGAAUGUUCUUUUGAAGCAAAAAGAAACGGAAUAUAGACAAUUGCAUGUUCAUCAUGAAGAAUCGACUCAGGUUUAUCAACAAUUAGAAAAAACAAAAGAUAGUUUAUUAAAUCUUAAUCAAAAAUUAAAAUCUGAUAAUAUACAAUUGAAGGAAGAUAUUGUGCUUCUUAAAAAAGUAAUUUAUCAAUUAAAUGUAGAAUUAGAAAGGUAUCAGGAUAAACUGAGAUCAUGUGGACAAAUUAUACCAUUGCAAUAUAGUACUGGUACGAUGAACGAUGCAGAACUGUCUAAAGAAAAUAAGAAGAUGUUAGAAUCUUGGGGUAAUGUAGAUUUACAUGUUUUGGGUCCUCUUUUAAACGCAUAUCAAGAGAAUAUAAUAGAAAAGAAAGAAUUGAUAAGCAAGUAUGAACGUGAACUCAAUGAUUUUACUGGCAGAUGUAAGGAAAUUAUAUCGGAAAAUGAAUAUUUACAAAAGGAAUUGGAAAAUUCUAAAUCAAAGUGUAAUAGGUAUGAGGAAGAGAUAAAAGAAAUUUCAAAUGAUGCCACAUUGAUCAAGGAACAAAAUGAUAAAGUUACGCAGCAAGUUGUUAAUCACAAACAAAAACUUCAAGAAUUACAAUCCUUGUAUGAAAGGAAGAUAGAAUCUUUGACUCAAGAAAAUAAAAGUCUACAUAAAGAAGUAAUAACUUAUAAAACAGAAUUAAGUAAUCUUCAAGGAAAAUAUAAAAUAGUAAAUGAAGGGUAUGAAAUGUUGAAAAAUAAUAGCGAUAAAACAAUGCCGGUACACGUGCAUGUUGCAGCAGUAGAUGAAUGCAAAAGAUUGUUCGAAGAAUUGAAAUCGCAAUACGAAUCAGAGAAGAAAAAACUUUCUACGCGUAUCAAACAAUUGGAGGAGUCUCUACCAGACAAUGAGAAACAACUUGUGACGGUAACAGCGGAGCGAAAUCAUUUAAAAAAUCUAACGAGAACGUUAGAGCGCAAUCUAAAACGUACUCAGCACAAAUUAACAAACGUGCAAAAUGUCGUAUACUCUGUACAAAUUUCACGUGACUCAUUUAAAAGACAAUUGAAUAAAACCACUGCAUAUUGCGAAAAGUUAGUAUCGGAAUAUGAAAAAGUUAUGUCGGAGAAGGAAAAAUUAAUGAAUUUGUUACACGAAAGAGAGAAAGAAAAUGCAGAUAUUCAAUACAUAGGCGAUAGUAUAGCUCAUAGAGUAGGAAACCUUAAAAGUCAAUUGAACGCUGUACAAAAGGACGCGAAGGAUCAAUUGGCAAUGGUGGAAAGGCAUAUUAGAAUACACGAAGUUGGAACAAAUCAAUUGAAAUCGGAAUAUCGUCAAGAGGUACAACGUUUGAAACGUUUGCUUAAGCAAAAGGACGACGUUAUAACUCAAUUACAAAAGGAAAAAGAAAAACUAACGUCUCAAGAAAAUAUUGAAUUGGUUUAACAAUAUUACAUGAGUAUUAAUAAAAUGAUUUAAUUAAUCGAUUCAAUAAUGGAAAAAGCCUUAAGCAUAAUGAUUCUAUCAGAUCAUAUUGGUAAUUUAUACAGUUUGAUAUGACACGUUUGAAUCGUACAAUUACGAUUUCAUUUUUGCAAUCGACAAUAAAUGAAUAACUAAUAACUAAUGGUUUACUAUCUUACAAUGAACGUAAUUACAGUGAUUGCCUAAGAAAGUAUAGAGGGCAUUUAUAGAGUUAGUAUUAUCGUUCAUUGAAUAAAAUUAAAUUCUCAUGUGCGCACUUUUUUCCUCUUUUCUUUUCUUCUUUUUUUUUUCUUUUAUUUUCUCUCUCUCUCUCUCUCUCUCUCUUUCUCUCUUCUUAACAUUAAUCUCUCGAUCGAGAGAUAGUAAUCGUUGACAACCAAUUUUAAUCUUUCUCGUUAAUAGAAUAUCAUGUCUGGAAUUUGUGCGUCCACGUUAGAGAGAGGCAGUGCCCUCAGGGUCCAACACACGUAGGAAACGUAUCAGAUUUUUACCGACGACAUCACCUUUAUUUAGUGGUGACAUCAACCAACGCAAGUGGUCUCGAAGGUUACCAAUUGCCAUAGAGGGAGCAAUGCUUGUUAUUAUAAUUCUUUCUAUGCAAAAAGAAACCGAAUGGCAUCCAUUAUAGAAAUGAUCUCACAUCCAUCUCAUUUUUAUUCGAGACACGUACAUUCAUUUGCAAACGAUCUGUCUCACCUUAGAGUUAUAUUCCAGAGAAGAUAGUAUUACAGCUUGAUAAUUAUCUUGGACUAUUGACCUCGUUCCAAACUAGGAAAGAAGAUUUAUGUUAGCUGCUGAAGUCUGGUUCGCAUUUAAAAAAAAAA